ACCCCUUUCUUUGCUGUGGCUAGGGAGGACAUCAAAGCCAACGCAGAAGUACUUGGCAUCCUAACGUCACAUUCUGCUGUCAGGAACUUGUGCUGGACACCGAAGACGCAGGGGUCGGGGCCUGACUAGCCUGGUGGUGACCAAAGAGGGGCGGUGUGAGCCGCAUUGAAGCGCAGCUUAGCCGGGCGGGAGCUGGUGACGUUUGGCGUUGGCUGCGCGUGGCGCUCGUUGAGUUCGGCAGGGGCGGGGUCGUUGCCGUUGCCUCCCCCGGUAGCGACUGGAGCGCCGGCAGCAUGAGCGGCAAAGAAGGAACAGGUGGUUUCAGAAAAAGAAAGCAUGACAAUUUUCCUCAUGGUAAUAGAAGAGAAGAAAAUGACAACUGUAAUUCUUCUUCAGCUGUAAUUUUGUCUUUUAAGUCAUUUCAACUGGAGCUUGAUACAAAACAUGAUAAAUACGAGAGGCUCGUGAAACUUAGCCGUGAUAUAACUAUUGAAAGUAAAAGGACCAUUUUCUUCCUCCAUAGGAUUACUAGUGCUCCCAAUGGAGAGGAAAUACUAAUGGAAUCUGAGACCAAGUUAGAUUUUGUGAGACAGAAGAUUAAGCAAGUAGCACAAGAAUUGAUGGGAGAAGAUAUGUAUCAGUUCCACAGAGCCAUCUCUCCAGGUCUUCAGGAAUAUGUGGAAGCUGUCUCAUUCCAGUAUUUUAUCAAAACUCGGUCAUUAAUUAGCAUAGAGGAGAUCAAUAAGCAGCUAAUAUUUGCAGAAGACAACAAAGAAGAAGAAACAAAAGUGCUGUCCUCUGACAGUCACAAUAAGCAACCUCACAUUUGGAGCUUGAAGGUGACUCCGGUAGACUACCUCCUGGGAGUGGCUGAUCUAACUGGAGAACUUAUGCGGAUGUGCAUCAACAGUGUUGGUAAUGGUGACAUAGAUACUCCCUUUGAGCUAAGCCAGUUCCUACGUCAGAUUUAUGAUGGUUUUUCUUACAUUGGCAACACUGGACCUUACGAAGUUUCUAAAAAACUCUAUACCUUGAAGCAGAGUCUGGCCAAAGUGGAGAAUGCCUGCUACACUUUGAAAGUUAGGGGGUCUGAGAUACCAAAACAUAUGCUAGCUGAUGUGUUCUCCACCAAGACGGAAAUAAUUGACCAAGAAGAUGGGCUUUCCUAAAAUACUGAGAACCACCUGACCCAAAAGGGAGUGCAGAGCAAUUCUGUAUAUAGGAUUUGCUUAUGAGAAAUCAGAGAGAGAGAGUGUGUGUGUGUGUGUGCGCGUUUCUUUUAAACGUAGUCAUGUUUUGAGAUCAGCUGAAGAAGCAGGAUAAUUUGUUUCCCAAAACUACUGCUGCAAAAUUUAUUAUUAAAUCCAUUGGGCUGAUUGUUCAGUGAGAUAUUUGGUUUUUCAUGUUGUUUGCUGCCAUCAGUUUAAUAUUAUAUGCCUAUAUUUUUAAUAUGGGCCUAUUUCAGUCUGCGUUGGUCAUUAGACCAAGUAUCAGUUAAGACCCUGGUGCGCACUAUAUUCUGAAUGUUAUAUCACCUUUCCCCCUUAACACUGUUUCUUCUUUCUUUUAAUAUCUGAAUGAUUGAUUUCUCUGACAGGUGAUGGACAGCAAGUUGGGGUGGUGGUGGUCUUAAUCAAUAUUUUGGAUUCCAGGGGGUUGAAGAGAAGUGAAACAUACUUGGAUGAAGGGAAAACGUACUUUGGAGAGGUUAACUAAACUUAUAUAUGUAAUUUUGCGGGGGGGGGGGAGUUCCAUACCACUGUUUGAACAUCUUCCCUUAAUGCUGGUUUUCUAUUGCCUUGGUAGAACAUAAAGCCAAGCAAAAAUAAAAACUGGAAAACUUGUAAUAAUUUAGCAUACUUUACAAAAGAAAUUGUCAGUUUUUAAUACAAUUAAUGCACACUUCUUGUUUCAUAGUCUACAGUCUAUGCCAGGGUUUUUUAACCUUGAGUCCCCAGAUGUUGUUGGACUACAACUCCCUUCAUACCCAGCCACAAAGGCCAUGGCUGGGGAUGAUGGGAAUUGUAGUCCAACAUCUGGGGACCCAAGGUUAAAAAAAUCCUGGUCUAUGCAGAAACAUCUUUUGGCAUCUGUUGCAUUGUGUUAAAUUGUUUCUAACUUGUCAUUAGGCUAGUAUAUUGCAAAUUGUUGCUAUAGCUACAUGUAAUCACUCAGCAAUGAUAAAGUAAUGAUUUUUGCUUUCUUAUUGAGAACUUUUUAUUGAAGCAUAGUGUUAGUACAAUGAUCAGUAUAUGCUUUUUAGGAUUAUUUCAUAUGUUACCAAGGUUCGCUCUGUGCAAGAAGCUGAGGAAUUUCCAUAUGUUCACAUGUGCUGAUCUGUCAUGCAAAUAAACUUUUGUGUAUUCAUAUGCUGAGAAGCUACUGUUGGCAGCAGUUUCCCAAUGUAUGUACACACAGAAAUUUACACAUACAGACUUCUUGACCCAUUAUGAUCCACAUGGAGUAAUUACUGUUUUCUGUAAGAAUUUAAUCACCUGUGCAAUAUGUCUUUAAGUACACAAAAGCCCAAGUCAGAUUCAAAAGAUCCUUCCUCAAAGAGCAUUUGGUCUAAUACAUUUGAGAGAUUAAGAAAAACUAUUUCAUGGUAAAAUAUUUGAAAGACAAGAUUAAGCUUAAUUUGGCAGUAUAUGUAAGGCACAUACCCAAGUUUGUGCAUCAUUUGUGGUGUUCAAAAGAGUAGGAUACCAAUGGUAGGCAAGUUCAGUUAAUCACUUGCUCAAAAAUAAAAAUGAUUCUUGAUUUUGCUGAUUUAUUGUAUACAUUAUGGAAGGAGAAAAAUGGAAUGUUAAAAAAGGCAAUUUAAAUAAAUAUAUAUAUAUAUAUAUAUAUAUAUAUAUAUAUCUUAGGUUGGAUCCAAAGGUGGCUUAUGCAAGUAGAAAAGCACUUCUGCUCACACAAGGAGGCCCCCUGAUUUCUGCCAGCCUCCCAAGCCCCAUCCCAUGCUCUUCUGGAGGGUUUCUUGACCCCUAAGCAGACUUUUGGAAGAGCACAGGGAGCCUGCUGUAGGGAGGAAAGGGACAGAAAAUCCUGUUGCAUGACCUGAACUCCACUUGCAUUUCUUUAAAUCUAGCUCAUUAUUUUAAAGAAGUUCAGGAAACAGGUUUUUCUAUUACACAUGAAAAUACUGAGAUGUUCCCCCUAGUCUCAUAUACGUCUUAGCUGAAAAUACUUCUCCUGUUAACAUGGGAUGUUCUACUUCAUUUGAGAUGUACUAUAUAAUGAAAAGAACAGUUAUAUCUAUAUUCAGGGGUUUCUUGUGUAAUAAAGAGUUUUAAUAGGAUGUUUUUUCUGUUGAAUAUAAUGUUGGUGUUUCUACGUUUUUAUACAAUAAACUGAUUUUAAAAAGUA